AUGGAUAAACAUGAGUUCAAUGAGGUUACAUAUAAAAAAUGGAAACAUAUAUUUGGAAAAUUUAAUUUAAGUAUACGAAAAUCUAAAACAAAUACAAAUAUUUAUAAUGAUGAGAAUCCUAAUCAAUUCAUUAAACGAUUUAGUAAAUCAUUCCGAGAAUCGAAAUGGAAAACAAGAGAUAAUAUGAAUUCAUUAAAAUGUACUAAAGAAAUGGAAGAAAAGAAUAAACAAUUCGAUUUUGAAAAGCCUGAGUCAUACAAAGAGACAAAUUCAAUGAAGUGUAAUCCAUACUUUCAACGUACAUCUCAAAAUCGGUUUUAUAGUAGUAUGUAUAACCGCAAGUGCACCACUGAAUUAGUACGAAAUUCAAAAUACUUAUUUGGAUCUCAAGAAAUAUCACCAAGAACCAAGCUAGCUCAAUAUGAUGUGAAUAUGGAGUUAAUGAAUAAAUUCCGAAUACUUGAAAUACGUGAACUGGAAAGAGAACCGGUUAAUCGAAUGAAAGGAUGUAGAACUUCAGAAAAAUGUGUACAAACAUCACUAGUCGAAGAGCAGACCACAUUAACUGAGGAAAUGAAAGAUGUUACUAGCGAGCCAUCACCAUCUUCACAGUACUCUUCUGGUUACGUGUCAGAAGUCACAAAUUUAUUGAGUUCUCCAAAUUCCCUUGGAAGACCUGAAGUUGUAGAAAAGAAUAAUGAAAGUUUUGUGAAUACUCCAAAUAAACACCAUGAGGUUGAAGCGCUUACAACUCCAAUAAACAAAUCUAACCAACCUUACGACAACGGAUGCUUCAAAAUACCACCACCGCCGCCGCCCCCACCACCACCUCCACCCAUGUUUCUGCCACCCACAUCUGUUUCAUCAGCUUCAGGUUCUUUGACUCACACUAUACCUGAAUCCCCAAUGCCGUACAAUAUGAAGCCGAAAAGAACGUUUUCUGCUCCGUUUAGGCUGAAGAAGGCCUGUGUAUCUCCAUUGAGCAAAUCUCGUUUGAAAGAAAAUUCUGUAUGGGUAUUUAUUGAUGAUAGUGAUUUAUUAAGUGAAGAAUUCGUCCGUCAACUUCAUAGAAGAUUUCGGAUCAAAGGAAAUAAAGCAAUGUCAUCAGAUAAAUUGGAAAUAGACUGUGGGAGUACUGUAACAUCUUUAUUCAAUACCCCAGGUUCAAAAACUAGCCAAAACCCACGAUUAUCAAUACAUUCGAGUGCAAACACGUCUGUAAGGAGAUCAAUACGUUUCGGAUCUCAGAGUCUUGCCUCUCGUACUCAAACAUUGGAUCUAUUGCCAGUGAAAGCAGCUCAGGCGAUAGCUAUAGCUAUGGCAUCAGCGCAUUUGAAUCCAGAGGACGUAGCUCGAUCUAUUAUUGAACUAAAGACAACAGUUAACCUUCGUCGCAGCAAAUCCUUUCCAAAUGAGAAUACAAAACAUAAAAGUGAAGACAAAUCGAGUUUCUUGACUAGUACAACCUCGUUCCAGUCGAUACCUGAAACUUUGUUAGACACCCUAAUCAACUUUACACCGCAGAUGGACAUCAUACUAAAACUGUCUGAAUGUCAGUUGGAAACCUCGAAUCUUAUUGAAGCAGAGAAACUCCUUUACAUGAUAUCUCAACUUCGCCAUCGACUACCUGCUCAUCUCCAUGCUUUACGCAUGCUUCUCCAAUUCGAUACAACUGUUGAUCAAUUAAAGCAGGCACUUUCAUCUGCAUGUAAAUGUCUUUUCGAGAUAAGACAUUCUAAUUCCUUCUGUCAUGUCCUUUCAUGUGCGCUAGCUUUGAUUAAUGCUUUAAAUGCCACUAGACAAUGCUCAGUUAAUGAAUCUACUCAGUUACCAUCUGCUCACUCAGGCCUAACAGCUUCGCAUGGAUUCGUAAAACGUAAACCUUUUCUUGGUUUUGAAGUUAGAAAUCUAGUCCGACUGGCUGAUACUCGUGAUAUAACUAACCAAAGGAAUUUAAUCCAUUAUUUAGUAGAAUUAAUGGAACUGAAUUUUACUGAGGAAGCUCAUUCAUGGUCUGAUGAAAUGCCUACAUUAGAUGCUGCACAAAGUUUAUACUGCGCAAAAACAAUUGAAGAGAAACUGGUCGAAACGAAACGUGACGUUGCUCGUUUAGAAAUAGAUUUAAGAGGAGUUGGUGGAGUCGCAAAUUCAAACAACACGGAAUGGGUUAUCAAAUCUAAUUCAGAUCCUAAAUCAGAUGCUUUUAAAGCAAAUUUAUGUUUUGGUUUAGUGGUGGGACAAUUUUUAGCUCAUGCAAUGCAAGAAUUAAAGUUACUGAGUGAAUUACACAAAACAUUUACCGAAAGAUAUAACGAGGUUGCUAAUUAUCUUGCUUUAGAUCAAGCAAAAUAUACUGCUGAUGAACUAUUUAAUGAUCUGAAAACCUUUAGAGAACUUUAUCGUAAAGCUUAUAACACUAAGAGGAUCACAACCAAUUCACUUCUACUGAAAGCUAUCAAAAGCUUCAAAGUAUUUUACUUUGUAAUGCAUUCUACUCAUCCCCUCCAUUCAUCAUACUCGAAUUUGUUGUUCAGACAGUGGCAUACCGCAAACUAUAAGGUCAGUGCUGAGAAUCUUGUGUAUCCAAUUUUCCUCAGCCAAGACCCCGAUUGUGAUAAAAUAAUUACUAGUCUGAUAGACCAGCGUCGAAUAGGAUACAACCGAAUCAUCGAGUUCUUAACACCUUUGGUGGACAAGCAACUGAAAUCUGUUUUGUUGUUUGGGACAAUCAGUAGAGACCAAAAAGAUGCUACAGGAUCAGCUUGUGAUACACCAAAUUCACCAGUCAUUCAGGCAAUCAAGUUGCUGAAGUCAAAAUUUCCGGAUUUAAUAGUGAUUUGUGAUGUUUGUUUGUGUGCAUAUACUGACAGUGGUCAUUGUGGUAUUUUACGUGAUGACGGGUGCCUUGACGUACCUAGGACUCUUGAACGUUUAGCAGAAAUAUCUAAACGAUUUGCCCUAGAAGGAGCUGAUGUUAUUGCCCCUUCUGAUAUGAUGGAUGGUCGUGUGAAAAUAAUCAAGACGGCUAUACAAAGUAUUGGUCUCAGUGGGAAGGUAGCCGUUAUGUCUUAUUCGGCCAAAUUUGCAUCUUGUUUGUACGGUCCUUUCAGAGAUGCUGCUCAGUCUGCACCUUCUUUUGGAGACCGUCGGCAUUAUCAGCUUCCUCCUGGUGCCAAGGGAUUGGCUCUACGUGCUGCUAUUCGCGAUGCAAACGAAGGAGCUGACUUCAUAAUGGUAAAACCUGGUCUUCCUUAUCUGGAUAUUGUAAAUGAGAUACGACAGUUGCUACCUCAUCAUCCUCUAGCAGUUUAUCAUGUUUCUGGUGAAUAUGCAAUGCUAAAACAUGCCGCAAAUGCUGGAGCUAUCGAUUUAAAGCAAGCCGCCUUAGAAUUGAUGACUGCAUUCCGUCGUGCAGGUGCAUCAAUUAUCAUAACAUAUUUAACACCGUACCUGCUGGAACUUGAUUUGUCUGAAUCAUGUAAAUAA